UGUUCUUCAGCUGUAGAUAAUAAGAUUAGCUGCUCCGUUCACCCUGCGUCAGUCAUGGCAUUGUGAUCAGAAGGAUUACCUUUAUGGCUAAGGACAGUACCGUGGGUCUACCUUAUUUACAUAUUUUAAAAACACAUACAGUUUAUAUGUAGGGUCUUUUUUCGCUGGUCGUUCAUUUUAGACAAAGACCAUAUUUAAACGAAACGCCGUCUUAAACUUUUUUUCUCUUUUGCGUAAUUACUUCACCUUUAGUUGGAGUUAACUCAUGCUCACCUAGACAAGCGCAUCUUGCCAUGGCAUUCCGUAAAUUCAGGGUGAAGGCAAGCCUGGAAUAAGCGGUGUUCGCACCACUCUUCUGUCCCGAAACAUUUCUGCGCUGCGAGAGGGGUGAGGAUCUCACAACCCCAGAAAGAGCCCCCAUGCCAGUAUCAAACAACAAGAUUGCCAACGAUGGGAAUGCGGAUUCAAUCAAGUCUCGGGAAGAGGCGAAGGCUCUUGUUGAGGCAUUAAUUAAGGUGGUGGCCUGCUACAGGCACUUGGCAGCCAGUGUUGGAGGAUCGACAGAUUCCUCCAACCUGAGAGAUGAGCUCAGGAGGACCAGAGAAAAAGCCCAGGAACUGGCUGUGAAGAACAGGAGCAAGCUGACAGCCAGCCUGAGAGACAAGAGCUUGCCGAAGGAGGAGCGAGCCGAGAUGGAGCGCCUCUGGGUGGUCUUCUCCUCCUGUCUGGAGCUGUUCCAUUCAGACAUGUGUAAAGUCUUUGAGAUGGGACAGACCUUCUCUCUGUCUUCCAAAUCAGACCCGUUUGUGCAGACUGGGAUGUCGGGAGGAACCUCUGAUGUAGCAGCUAGAGCCCUGAGCCUGCAGACCCUCACCCACGACGAGAAUCUGCCGAGUAUAGAUCGGCUGGAGCAAAAUGACCUCGAGGCAGAGAUCGCCAAAGUGGACAAGAUGAUUGACAACAUGGAGAUGAAGGUCAACGUGCUCCGCUGGACGGUGGAGGCCAAGAGCCCACUUUAUGCUGACCCGCUCAGCACUGAAACCUCCUCUGUCGCUCUCCUCUCCCUGGACGAGGAGGAUGGAGGCCGCUGUUGUGAUCGGAGCCAGUUUUUUGUAUCGGUUGUUCUCUGUGGUAUCGCCAUGGUCGCAGUGGUGUUGUCUGUGUGUGUGGUGUACCUGACAUGAGAGCUCCUCGAUGACCCAUUGAUGAAGGAACUAGUUUCUACAAAAAGUAACUGUAACAAAACAGCUACACUGAAAUGAUCCUGACAGCCAUCUUUUGGGUUCUGGGAGUCUAAACUAGCUUGAGGCCACUUACUGUACAUUCGCAUUGAAGCUGCCAAGCCAUUUGAACAAAUAUUGUAAAAGAAUAAAAGAUUAUUAUUUAUUUAACUUUUGUAGGAAACAGUAUUGGAUGGAAAUAAAUACAAGUAGAAUCCAUGUAACCUUUUGGUCUCAAAUGAUUUUCUGAGAAAUUUACAGAGGGGUUGAACCAUUCUAGAAACUAUAGGGAAUUGUUACUCUUUUGGUAAGCAGGUGCUCUGCAUAUCUUGACAUAUUGAAGGGAAAACAUUCAGAUUUCAAAUGAGGUCAGCCACUCCAUUGCCGCUAUUACGAUUUUCAGCAUGCACAUUGUGUAAAGCUUCAUUUAAAUAGGGAAAGACAUAGAAAUAUUGACCGUGAAUACCCAACAAAUCUGAAGUCCUUCAUUUUCAGUUUUAUCUAUAAUGAAUAUUAUACAUUGUGAAAGCAGAGGCAGGGUGGCAAAAUGGUUGUCAUUGCUGCCUUAAAGUGCUGGGGAAGUGGGUUCAAUUCCUAGGGUGCUAUCUGUGUGGAGUUUGGAGGCUCUCCCCAUGUUUUUGUGUGUUUCCUCCCAUAGUC